AUGAAGGGUUAUGCUAUUGCUCUUAUUUCUUGCGGUGCUACACUUGCAUCUGUUUUAGGGGUGUAUCUGUUGAUCUGUGUGUGCAAGAGAAGUCCAAAGAAAGAAAAGACCAACCAAAGCAACAGGCCAAGUUCUUCUCUUCCUGUUUAUGGAAAUGUUCAACAAAGUCGAGGAAUUAGCAGUACGAGCAUCAAAGAUGGUGGCAUGAUUCUUAUGGUGGGUACUGGCGCUGCUUUAGCCACUGCUGCUGCUGCUGCUGCUGUAGAAAGCAUCACUUGUGACGGAAACUCUGGGGACACUGGAGGUGGGGGUGGUGGUUCGACUAGUGACGGUGGAGGUGCUGUCGGUGGUGGACAUCAUGGUGGUGGUGGAGGUGGCCAUCAUGGUGGUGGUUCGACUAGUGACGGUGGUGGCCACCAUGGUGGUGGUGGAGGUGGCUAUCAUGGUGGUGGGGAUGGAGGUGGCCAUCAUGGUGGUGGUGGAGGGGUUUAUCUGUUUAUCUGUCUUUGCAAGAGAAGUCCUAAGAAAGAAAAGACCAACCAAAGCUAUAAGCCAAGUUCUUCUCUUCCUGUUUAUGGCAAUGUUCAACAAAGUCGAGGAAUUAGCAGUAAGGGCACUAAAGAUGGUGACAUGAAUCUUAUGGUGGGUGCUGGUGCUGCUGUACAAGUCAACCCUAGUGGUGGUGGCUGUGGCGGAUGCGGUGGUGGUGGAGGGAUUUAUCUGUUGAUCUGUCUUUGCAAGAGAAGCCCAAAGAAAGAAAAGACUAACCAAAGCUAUAAGCCAAGUUCUUCUCUUCCUGUUUAUGGCAAUGUUCAACAAAGUCGAGGAAUUAGCAGUAAGGGCACUAAAGAUGGUGACAUGAUUCUUAUGGUGGGUGCUGGCGCUGCUGUUUCUGUCAACCCUAGUGAUGGUGGCUGUGGUGGGUGUGGCGGUGGCGGAGGCGGAGGCGGAUGCGGUGCCCUUCCAGAUUGUCAAUUUUUGGAUUAUCUUCUACAGUUGGCCACUCGUUACAUUAGCCGUCUCUCUCUUCCUCCUAGAUGA